AUGAAGAUAUCAUGGAAUCUACUCCUCUUUUUGCUGAAUUCCGUCCAGGCGAUUGAACUGGACUUAGAUGAUACCGCCUCCGUCAAAAAAGCUUGCCGUGACAUCGCGAGCAAUAUACUUAGGCAUUAUACCGGGUACAAACCCGGCGACGUACCCGGCAACUUGCCUGACCCGUACUACUGGUGGGAAGCGGGAGCGAUGUUCGGCGCAUUGGUCGACUACUGGUUCUACACCGGCGAUACGCAGUGGAACAAUAUCACGAGCCAAGCGAUUCGGUGGCAGGCCGGAGACUCCGGGUCGUUCAUGCCGGCAAAUCAGACGAGGACGGAGGGGAACGACGAUCAGGGAUUUUGGGCGUUUGCUGCUAUGGCUGCCGCGGAGAGGAACUUUCCUAUGCACCGCGGCGAAGGGCCGGAUUGGUUGGCGAUGGCGCAGGCAACAUUCAAUACGCAGGCGUGGAGAUGGGAUAAUGAGAACUGUGGAGGGGGGUUGCGGUGGCAGAUCUUUACGUGGAAUGCGGGGUACAUGUACAAAAACACCAUCUCCAACGGCUGCUUCUUCAAUCUUGCUGCGCGACUCGCACGAUAUACCGGAAACCAGACAUACGCCGACUGGGCAGAGCGAAUCUGGGACUGGACGGAGGACGUCGGAUUCGUGACGAACGAUUACCUCUUCUUCGACGGCGCCAGCGUGGACGGGAACUGCACUAAAUACGACCACGUCCAGUGGACAUAUAACGCCGGCGUAUACCUUCUGGGUGCAGCGGCUAUGUAUAACUUUACGGACGGCGACCCUAUCUGGAAGCAGCGGACAGAAGGCAUAAUCAAAUCGACAAACAUUUUCUUCAACAACGACGUAAUGUACGAGCGCGCCUGCGAGCCCGUCGGGACAUGCAAGGUCGACCAACGCCCGUUCAAGGGCUUCUUGGCGCGUUGGAUGGCUGCCUCAACCCAGUUCGCGCCUUUCGCGUACGACCUCGUAAUCUCAAAGCUCAGAUCCUCCGCGCUUGCCGCAGGAAAGACAUGCACCGGUGGCCGAGACCGCGCUGAAUGCUCGUUGAAAUGGACGGAACAAAAGUACACUGGUGGACCGGAGGGCGGCGAUGUAGGGAUCCAGAUGGCGGCGUUGGAGGUUAUCCAGUCGACGCUCAUCAAGAAAGUUGAGCCGCCUGUCACUCAAGAAGACGGCGGACGGAGUAAGGGCGAUCCGGCCGGUGGUUCGGAACCUCCACUUCCUACGCCGAGUUUGUUGGUCAGGGAUAUCACGGCUGGAGAUCGAGCGGGUGCGGCGUUGGUGACAGUUUUCCUAGCAGGCGUAAUGGCUUGGAGUGUGAAAUGGGUCGUUCUCGAUCCUACCACUUGA